AUGUCUAAGGUUGUCCCAUUUUCUUGCAAAUUAUUUCUCGUCGCUAUCGCAGUAAAACUAUGUACUUCGACAGCUUACAACGUUGUCGAUUUUGGGGCACGAGGAGAUGGAAAAACGGACUCAACGUCGUCCUUCCUUAAAGCUUGGAACGCAGCAUGCAACUCGGUUGUACCAACUGCUGUAAUAAUUGUCCCAAGAGGAACAUUCUUGGUGAAAUCGAUAUCUUUUACGGGUCCAUGCAAGAGCAAUAUGAAGCUCUUAAUACACGGAACUUUAAUUGCUCCAAAUGACUAUCGAUUUCUUGGCUCUAACGAGUUUUGGAUUAUGUUUUAUAGAAUCAACGGGCUUUCGAUCUUUGGUGGUGCUAUUGAUGCUAAGGGAUCUAGCUUGUGGUCUUGUAAGAGUGGAGGAAACAAUUGUCCGUACGGAGCAAGGUGCGAUGAUUUGCAGUCGAUUUCGUUCCAAUCGUGCAACAAUGUGCUAGUUAGUGGAUUGAAAUCUUUCAACAGCCAAAGAGUUCAUAUUUCGAUCAACGGGUGUUGGAAUAUGUUUUUACAAAAAAUGAAAAUUGUUGCACCAAGUCGAAGCCCUAACACGGAUGGAAUCCACAUUGAAUCGUCGACGGGUAUUACAAUUAGCAACAGCAAUAUUGGGACAGGAGACGACUGUAUAUCUGUCGGGCCGGGCUCCAUGAAAUUGCGGAUGGAUAAAAUUUCAUGUGGGCCCGGACAUGGCAUCAGGUACUUUGAGAAAUUAAAUUUGAAACGGGAUAUCAAAAUGGAAAAAAAUUUGGAUCUGAAAAAAAAAUUGUUUUCUAAUUUGAUUGACAGCAUUGGAAGUCUAGGUCGAAAUACAAGGGAGCACGGAGUGCAAGAUGUGAACGUCACGAAUUCAAUCUUCGUAAAGACAGAAAACGGCGUUAGGGUGAAGUCAUGGCCGAGGGCAAGUGACGGAUAUGCGAAGAAUCUUUUAUUCAAGAAUCUCGUCAUGAAAAACGUCUCGAAUCCCAUAAUCAUUGAUCAAGACUAUUGCCCUCAUCAGAGUUGUUCUCCUAAGGUACAUUUACGACACUAGCGCCGAAUUUA